AUGGAUUCCGCGAAUAUCGACCGCGUGUUUCGUCGUGACGUCUGCGCUGGACGUGUCGCGCUUGUUACAGGUGGUGGAUCAGGUAUCGGACAAGAAAUUGCUGUCAAGCUUGCUGAGUACGGUGCCAAAGUCGCUGUCUUUGGUCGACGCGCGACCGCGCUUCAAAACACGCUGGAUAUUCUGCGCAACCGCGGUAUAUCCGAAAACGCCUGUAUACUUAUACAAGGCGACGUGCGCUCUCCCGAGAGCGCAGAAGCUGCUGUACAGCAAAUUGUCACUCGGUUCGGUAAACUGGAUGUUUUGGUCAACUGUGCAGCUGGAAACUUUUUGGCCCUGGCCGAGAAAAUGUCGACAAAUGCUUUUCGGACGGUGAUGGAGAUCGACGCUAUUGGAACGUUUAAUAUGAGUCGAGCAGCUUUUGACCCAUUAAAAACCAGUGGAGAUGGACGGAUCGUCAAUAUAACGGCUACAUUGCAGCUUCCUGCGACGUGGUACCAAGUGCACGCAUCAGCUGCUAAAGCUGCUGUGGACAGCUUGACCCGCUCCCUUGCGUUAGAGUGGGGACAAUUCGGUAUCCGUGUCACUGGUGUAGCUCCUGGUCCAAUUGCUGAUACGGUUGGCACGGAAAAAUUGGGAGGAGAAGGGGACGUGACAGCGAGGAAGGGCCAUUUAGUCAGCGUCGUCCCGGUGGGUCGACUUGGUGCCAAGACGGAUAUUGCUGCUGCAGUGCUGUACUUGGUGUCGCCUGUGGGAAACUUUGUGUCGGGGGGAGUGCUCAUUGUGGAUGGAGGACACUAUUUGUACAAGAAACCCGUGAUGGCUCGGGAGACGCUGGAGAACUGGUCCAAGAUGAUGGAGAAAAAGUCACGUGUCGGACCCGACUCGAAGUUGUAA